AUGGCUAAGCAGUGGCGCAAAACUAAUAAAGAGAAAGCAAAACUACGAACAGCUGAAGUAGCAGAGAAAAUGAAGGAGAAAGGACUAGCUGAUCCAAAAAUAGCAAAAAAAGCGGCGAAAAAGGCCAGGAAGGAGAAGAACAGAGCCACAAGAGAUAUGGCUAAGGCCAUAGAGAUGUUUUCAACAGCCACCGCUAAUUAUAACAAAGAAACAGCUGAGAAAGUUGAAAAAGAACGUGAGAAGGCACGAGAGGCUAAACAGAAAGCUAUAAAUGCUUUUUCUAAGGCCCAAGAAAGCGCAGCUGUAGCUGAAUCAAUGGCUGGAAAAGUGAUUUCCCAGCCUUUAAAUGCAGAGAAGGAACUUCUCAAAAGACUCUAUCAAUAG